AAUCACGGUGUUUUAACUGGUCUGCCGAGCGGAUCGGUACUCGAGGAGCCUUGAACGGUAUCCAAACGGUACCACCAGGAGAACGUCUUUCAUUUCCCCGACGAAUUCUCAGUUUGUCGUGCGUUCUCGUCGAGACAGUAGCUCGCUCCUUUUGUAUUUCACCAACCUCUUGUCGGCCUAAACGAUUGGCAUACGGCAUCAAGGUGCAAGGGAAGAAGUACAGAAAAAUGCAGACCAGCUCGACAUUCCUUUUCCUGAAUAUCUUUCUUUGCUUUUGUCUUUGGAAAAUCGUCGUUGCCGACGACAAGCUGAGGGUUGCUUUUCAAUGGAAGCAACUCGAGUACGAAUGGCCGAGCAACGACACCAAGCAGCUGUUUCCAGGGUACAAGCAAGAGGACAACCUACCCCUUGGCCUCGAAAUUACUAGUAACAGGAUUUUUGUCACCGUUCCGAGAUGGAGACUCGGAGUUGCAGCCAGUUUAAAUUAUUUCUACAUUAAUGAUACUCGUGAAUCUCCUACUUUGAUUCCUUACCCUUCGUGGGAAGCGCACCAAUACAAGGAUGAAAAUGUACCAGAGAUCAUUUCCACAUUUCGAAUUCGCGCAGAUCGUUGCGAAAGACUUUGGGUCCUCGACACGGGAUUCACUGAUAUUUUAGAUAGUCCGGAACAACAAUCACCACCGGCGUUGCUCGUAUACGAUCUAACGACCGAUCGAUUGUUACGAAAAUUCGUUAUUCCGGAGGAUCAAAGAACACCUGAUUCUCUUUUCGCCAAUAUCGCUGUCGAAGAUUAUUCUUGCGAGGACGCUUAUGCUUACCUAGGCGAUCUGGGUGGACCAGGGCUCGUAGUUUAUUCAUGGAAGAUGGGUAAAUCGUGGAUCGUUAAACAUCAUUUCUUCCAUCCUGAUCCUCAGGGUGGAGAGUUCAAUGUAUCAGGGAUCUCGUUUCAAUGGACGGAUGGGUUGUUCGGUAUGAGCCUCGCACCCACAGGUGAUGGAUACAGUACCAUGUAUUUCCAUCCAUUAUCCAGUAGCAUGGAGUUCUCAGUCAGUACUAAGCUGCUUAGAGAUCCUCAACGUGCCACUUCUUCGGAAUAUUUCCACGAGUUCCAUGCUUUAGGAUCUCGAGGACCGAAUGGUCAAAGCAGCGUCAGCUUUUUGGACCCAAAUACGGGUGUUCUUUUCUAUGCAUUGACCAACAAGAACGCUAUCGCCUGCUGGAGACCCCAAAAUACGUUCAUGAUCCAGCAACAAGAUUUCAUUUACAUGGAUAACGUUACAAUGAUCUUUCCAAAUGAUUUAAAGAUUGACCAAAAUGGCAAUAUUUGGGUGCUGUCGGACCGUCUGCCUACAUUCAUGUACCUCCGCUUAGACCCCGAAGACUACAACUUCCGAAUUCUCAGAGGCUCAACCAAAAACGCCAUAGAAGGCACCGUCUGUUCGAUGAACCCACCUCCAACCACGAACAUCCCACGCGGUGUUUUUCCAAACUUACAAAACACAAUCACUUCAAAAGCACCUGUGCUCUCCGGUUGCACGAAAAAUUCCGAAUUGAGCUUAGUCUCAAUAAUUGCCUGCGUCCUCCUUCUGAGAAGGUUCAUUUGAUGUGUCACAUUUCUAACGAAGCAGACGGCUGUAAAAGUACUUAUGCUAAAGUUUCGUCCUUCGAAACACCGAGAACGCGAAUUUCUAAAGAACAGGACAGGGGUGUCGGGCAUAUAAGCGGAUCCCCAUUCGCAAAGCAGUGAAAGAUUCUUGAGAAAUAUUGAAAGAUGCUUAGAUAACUGAUCGGAUAACAAAGUCAGGGAGAAUCACGCGGGAAUUUCUUCUAACUCGUGACAUAAUCGAAUGGAAAUCGAGUACAUUGAUACCGGUCACGACGACCCGGUUUCCAUAAACGUUCCCGGCAAUUGGUUGUUCCAGAUUUUCCAGAGUUGGAGUAGAAACUAAGUUACAGAAAUAUUUUCUUACUGUUUCAGAUACAUACAGUGGGUGAUCAAAUUAUUAGAGCCAUGGUAUGAAAAAUGG